CGUUGAUCAGCGGUGUGGAGUGUGAACUGUGGUUUGAUCAGUCGUCUGGUGGCUGUCACUGGCAGCUGUUGUGAUAGCUUGCAGUUUUACUAACCGCUGCUGUGUUAACUUCUUUUUCCUGGUUGAUGGAAUAUCUAUGCGGCCUGCUGCUGUCACUGCUGAAUCUUCUUGUGAAUUGCAGUAAAAUACCUGUGAACUGAGUAAUAACCAAUGUGGUGGUGGUGAUCAUGACAGGAGAGUUUGAAUCAAGGUUCUCACAGUACUUCCGUGAUGACCUUCCUCCCCCACUACCCAGGGUCCUCAAGGGUGUCCUCCCCAGGCGGAGGCAGAAGCAUGGUGCACUGGAACCACCGCCAGAGAGGAAGCUUGCCUCCGACAUCCUUCCCAUUCUGACGGGACCUGCCAUGUCUGACAGGACGUCAUCCAGUGACCCUGCUAGAUCUGGCAAGUUAUUCCAAGGCCUGCCCAAUUUUCUCACCUGUGCAACUUCUGCAGUGGAAGUGUCAGCUGUUACUUUUGAGAAAGUUGUCCUGGAAGACCAGCAGGAAAGACUGCCACCGAAUAUUAAAGGACAGAGGAAGGGAGAGAGUAGCUCCUGGCUGGUUGCAACAGGUAGACAUUAUCAAGAUACCAACGGCUUUGAGGAUCCUUGUGGGGAACCUGAUGGGCAAGAGACUCAUGUUCAGACAUGCAAAGAAAACCAGCCAAGAACAACACACAAGGAGAAACUGAAGGCCAAAAAGGGACCGAAACAAAGAACCACUCGAGAAAAGUCUCUCCCUGAUAAUGUAUCGAGGGUGACCAUCACUGAUACAGGUUAUCUGCAGGCGUCUUGUGUUAGUGAAGGAAUCAUAGGGAUGCAAGACUCGGAAGCAAAGCAGGAACAUGUAUAUGAAGAAAUUAAAAAUUAUAUUGAUAAUGAAACUAACAAUCAAAUUUAUCAGCAGAUUAAAGCAAAGAAACAAACAAGUGGAACACUACCAAAGAGCUUAACUGGAAGUUCAUAUGAAAAUAAUUUCGUUUUUGUCAAUAGCAUUCAAGACAACAUUAAAGUUCAAUCAGAAGGAAAGGACACACAGCUAACUGAGAAAACACUACCACCAAAAAAAACACCUCAAAGGAGGGAUGCGAUUUGCCAACAGCAUGAGGCUGAGGACGGUUGUAGAGAAAAUUCUUACAAAAAUCCUGAAGUUAAAACUGGAAGCUCAAAUCCUAUACACCCCCUUGACAUUGUAAGUGAAGGUGAUUCUGUCUGGUCCACACCAUUGUGUAACUGCUAUAACAAGAACCCUGACAACACUGUAAACUAUUAUUCUGGGGAGGUAUUCGAGGGUUCACUCAAGCAGCAAGCCUGCAGCUUCUCACCUCCCAGAAAUCAGAGAGGACGUUCCAGCCGAACCGAUGAGGACCGUGGAAAGAAGAACAAACGUUCAGUCAAUGCAUCGAAGACGACUGGUAAGGACAACAGUGAAUUACAGUCAAGUGUCAUCUCGAAAAAGUAUAGAAAAAAGAUCUUUACCUCAAAAAUUAAACCUUCAUUUAUAUUGUCAAUCAAAACUCCUUUAGGAAGUCUGAAGGUAUCUGGAGGGAAAUGUUCCUGCACAUCUCAACAACGUAUCUCGACUGAACGCCAGCAUAAUUGUCGAGAUGACAGGCGAUCUCAUUCCAUGUCUCCUGUUGUCAUGCGCCAGCGGCUUUCUUCUCCCAGUGGAAAACCUCGUCAGAGACGAUCACUUUCCCCUACACCACAAACACGACCAAUCUUGCAUUCAUUUUUACCCACACAUCACAAAGAUGGUCUGAGAGACGAGGAAACAUCGGACCAGCAACACACGUUGCAGCCUAAGGAUGUCUCCUCCCAUGGCACUUGCUCCGACCUCGUCUUAGAUCGUGAGCCUUGUUCGGUGGAUCGCCAAAAUAUGCCAAGAUACAGGAAAUGAAUGAAGAUGUCUGACCAGCAGUGUUUCAGGCCGUUAGUUUCAACUGUAGCAGCAUCCUUGCCAACAUCACCCGAGAGUGGUCCACAGACUGGCAUCCCUCACCAGGAUGGUAUGAGAGUUCCUCCUCCAGGGAUGUUGUUGAUGAUGUUACGUUUGUGUCAGAGUUCCUGGAGUCCUCUCGACCUCUUCACCAUCAGCUGGGUCAUGAGGUAAAUAAGAAAUUGAGUGAUCAACCGAUAACUGUAACCAUAGACUAGUGUGUUUGUUUAUUUAAUUGUUAUACUGUACUCGGUGUCCCUAGAUUCUUAACUAUUUUGAAU